AUGAACAGCGAGUCUCAACAACAGCAACCAAUCGUAUUUGUCACCGGCACAGAUACCGAUGUCGGGAAAACCUUUGUAUCAACAUUGCUGGUACACAAAUGGAAAGCUUCAUACUGGAAACCUGUGCAAACUGGCAUUGAGUCAGAUCAAGGUGACUCCGAGACAUUGAAAAAAUUCGAAGCAGCCGCAUCAACUUGGCAACCACGUAUAUUCACUCCCACUUAUGAGUUGCAGAAGCCUCUAUCUCCGCUCCAGGCCAUGGAAUAUGAGCCUGAAGUUGACAUCAAGUUGUUGGAUUUUGUAGCUCCUGAAGAAUGGGGCGCAGAGGACCCACUGGUGGUAGAGGGAGCUGGUGGAGUCUGCGUUCCCAUUACUCGUAAAUUGGAAAUCACUACUGACCUGAUCAAACAUUUGAUUGAGACUAGUAGUCAUCCAGUGUACGUGGUUGUUGUGGCACGCAGUGGGCUGGGGACUUUAAAUCAUACCUUGCUGACAUGGAAUCAUCUUUGCGACAACGGUUUGAGAGGCCACCUUUUUGGGGUCAUUCUCAAUGGAGAACCAAACGAAGGCAAUGUGCAGGCGCUGGAGAAGUUCGGUGUCAACAUUAUGGCACAGGUAGUGCAAUGUACUACGGCGAAUGAUAUAGAUAUGGCGUUGCAUGUGCUGCCAUCAGUGGAGUCAUUAAUGACCCAACAAGACAACACAUACUUAGAUUAA